AUGCGGGGCGGCGCGAUGAUACACUGGUCAGGCACUCAUCGUCGUGCCGCAGCGCGUCUGCUCGUGUGCCUCCUAUCAAUCCACGCCGCUUCGCGCCAUGUGCGGCCCGUCGCCGCGGCGGCGGUGGACUAUGGCGACGCGAUGGCGAAGGCGAUUCUGUUCUUCGAGGCGCAGCGGUCCGGGCAGCUCACGGGCGCCGCCAUCCCCACCACCAUCACGUGGCGCGGCGACUCGGGUCUUUCCGACGGCACCGCGCAAGGGGUGGAUCUGCGCGGGGGGUACUACGAGGGCGGCAGCAACGUGAAGGCGGGGCUGCCGGGGGCGUUCGCCGCCACCAUGCUCGCGUGGAGCCUCCUCGACUUCGGCCGCCACAUCCUCGCUGCGGGCGCCGCCGCGCAGCUCUCCGCUGCGCGUGGCGCGCUGCAGUGGGCCACGGAUUACGUCAUCAAGGCGCACACCAAACCCGAGGAGCUCUGGGCGCAGGUGGGAGACGCGGUGACGGACGGGGCGUGCUGGCAGCGGCCGGAGGACAUGGGCACAUCGCGCACGGCAUACCGCCUCAAUGCCACCCGCCCCGGAUCCGACCUCGCCGCUGAAUCCGCCGCCGCCCUCGCCGCCGCCUCCCUCGCCUUCCGAGACGUCAACGCCUCCUACGCCGCCUCCUGCCUUGCCCACGCACAGCAGUUGUUCGUGUUUGCUGACAAGUACCGCGGCGCAUACAGCACUGUCAUUCCAGGGGCAGCGCUCAAUUUCCCCUCCACGGGCUACACGGACGAGUUGGCGUGGGCAGCAGCAUGGCUGUACAGGGCGACGGGGCUGAAGCGGUAUUUGGAGUAUGUGCAACGCAACGAGGCGGCCAUCGGGGGGACGCAGCAGAUGCACACGGAGAUGAGUUGGGACCAAAAACUGCCCGGCGCGCAAGUGCUGCUCGCGCAGGCGUUGUGGGCGGGGCUGCCAGCGAGCAUCCAGGGGAGUGCGGCGAUAAUGGGGGUGGUGGAGGGGUAUGCAGGCAUGGCGGAGCUGUAUGCGUGUGCGCACAUGCCCGCCAACCCCCUGCGAGCCGUCUACACCACGCCCGCCGGGCUGCUGUAUGUGCGCGGCAGCAACGCGCAGCUCGCCCUCUCCUCCGUCUUCCUCCUCGCUCUGCUCGCCGACUCCCUCGCUGCCGCCUCCCGCUCCCUCCACUGCCAAGGCGUCUCCUUCUCGCCCUCCCAAAUCACCGCCUUCGCCCAGUCGCAGGUAGACUACCUGUUGGGCAGCAAUCCGCUCGCCCUCUCCUUCAUGGUCGGCUUUGGCACGGCCUUCCCUGAGAAGGUGCACCACCGGGCGGCGUCCAUUGUGUCAUUCAACGUGGACCCCACGCCAGUCACCUGCCAGGGCGGCAACACCACCUACCUGCAGAGCGCCUCCCCCAACCCCAACGUGCUCGUCGGCGCCAUCCUUGGCGGCCCCAACGCUACCGAUGGCUUUCUGGGUUCACGGCUGCACUUGCCUUUCCCAUCCAUGCCCUGCCAUCCCCCUGCUCCCCCCCGUUCCCCGCCCCCCCAGACCGAUGGCUUUGUGGACUCGCGGCUGCAGCCGGCCUUCACGGAGCCCUCAGCCGCCGCCAAUGCCGUCGCUGUCGGCCUCCUCGCCCGCCUCACUGCCGGCGCCCUCCCCCCCGCCUCCCCGCCUCCCCCCUUCCCCCCCGCUCCCUGCUCCCCUCCUCCCCCGCCCCCUGCACCUCGCCCUCCCCCAGUUCGACUCCCACCUUCUGCCCCCCGACCUCCCCCCGGUAGGCCUACCGUGUGCCCUGCCCAUCACUGUCCUGCUGUCCCUCUGUUGCCCUGCCGGCCUCUGUCCGUGCAUACUCAAACCUUCCUUGCUGGCCGACUCUGGUCGUCUGGAGCAGCAGCGAUUGUUAACCGAUAA